AUGCAAAACUAUGUGAAGUUUUUAAAGGAUAUCUCGACGAAGAAUAAGAGACUUGGAGAAUUUGAAACGGUGGUUUUGACAGAAGGUUGUAGCGCAAUGUUGAAGAAUAAGAUUCCUCCUAAAUUGAAGGAUCUGGGUAGCUUUAUAAUUCCAAUUUCUACUGGGGGCCGACAUGUUGGUAAAGCUCUUUGUAAUUUGGGAGCUAGUAUUAAUUUGAUGUCCAUGUCCAUUUUUAAAAAGUUGAGAAUUGGAGAGGCGAGGCCAACUACACUCACACUGCAAUUAGCUGACCGUUCUAUGAGUGGUUUUACAUUUGUUAUUGUGUUAAAAAAGCAAGAAAAUGAUGUUUUGGAAGUAAUGUGGGGGUCUGAUGAUUUUGCAGAUAUUUUACUUAAUCAAAACAGGGAGAAAAAUGGGUGUUAUUUCUGA